AAUAGUACUGCCAUGGCUGCUGCUACUCUCCACAGUUACUCAGCUCCGCCGUGUUCCUUUGACCCUAAGCCCGCCAAUCUCUGUCACAACCGCCACCGCGCCGGUGGGAACCUCGUCCAUCUGAGGUCCUCCGAUGCUCGGGAUUUCUCCCGAUCGGUCAAGUCCUCGUCAAUUUGCCGCCGCUUGGGUUAUUGUCGCAGCAGCGCCGCCAAGGUGGCAGGAGAAAAUGGUGCUCCGACGGCGGCGGAGGGUGGGAGUCCGGUGAGAAUAAUGGCUUUGGUUGGGGAAGGUAGCAUCAGCCCGCUUAAGUCCACGCCUUGGUAUGACGUCAUGCUCCACACUGCCAAAAGGUUGAAAUGGGUCGAUGAAGGGUUCGAAAUGUCGGUUUUUACUGACAGCUUAUUACGAGCUGCUGCUGAUGAUGAUAAUAAUAAUAAUAAUAAUACCAUAGCACAGAAGCUUGGCCAAGCAAAUAUCUUGAUAGUUGUGGCCGUUUCGAAUCAAGAUUCCGUAAAAUGGAUUCAAUCCAAUUACGAGAUUGCCCCAAACGUCAUUUGCUUCGAUUCCUCCCCAACUCUGAUGAACAAAUUAGGGGGUACCCUCAUCCAGACCAAAUCCAAAAAAAUCCCAUCAUUCGCCAAACUGCCAUUAUUGCCUCUACCAAAGAAGUUAAAACAAUCGGAAGAUGUAACUAAAUCCGUGUUCGAAUCUUGGGAGAGACACAAUUCUGACGACAUAAGGUUCUGUUUGCUCGUAAUUAUAAACGCUUACAUCAGACCAGUUCCCAUACUCAAGAACCUAAGAGCAAAAGGCUUCUCCACUCUGAACUGCAUGGUGAAGAACUGUGGGCCCCAGAUAUUAAACUGCCUUCUCGACCCAAAUUGCCGAAAAGCCCUUCAGUGCCUUAACAAUUGCAGCCCGGUGGACCAAGUGUGCAAUUACCGCUGCAUAGCCUCGUACGAAAGCCCACGUCUCGAAGAGUUCUCUUUAUGCGUGCUGCAGAAGAACAACUGUCUUCAGUUAGACGCCGAAAUUCCGAAAAAGCCCCUCGUGAGCCCAAUGUCUCGGUUCAGAAGCGAAAUUUUGGACCACGAAACGGCCGAAGAUCUAUUAGUGGGCUGGUUGGGUAAUUUGGGUUGGAGCUGGCGAGUCGUGGCAGGUCAGAACCCGGCCUACGACCAGUUCCCUUGCCAGUACCAGCUUUUCUACAGGGGAAGGGCAAAAGGGUCAUUUUGGUACGAGCCCGUUUUUCAGGUCAAGACGCUCGAGGGCGAUUUGGUUUGGAGGAGGAGAAAGUAUCGGGUGAAGAGGGGGAAAGUGCCCGGGACUUUUGAUUUUAGCGUGUUGGAUAAUGGAGUGGUGUCGAACGAGUUUUGGACGAUUGUGGACGUGAGUGAGGAUUUGAGUUGGGGUUUGUUUCAUUAUCAUGGGGCGGCUCGGGCAGCCGGGCAGUCGUACACUGGGGCAGUUUUGGUUAGCUUCGACGGGUUGUACCCUGAUGAGAGGCAUAAAGAGAGGGUUGUACUUGCGCUUGGCGCGUGUGGUGUUGAGGAGUGGGAAUUGUUUGAUGUCGAUAAUUGUUCGUGCGAGGGCCCGCCUUUGGGUUUGCCCAAGGGUUCGAGUUUGCAUUUUAAGGUUAGGGUUGGAGAUUCAGAGGAUUCAUCAGUCAGUCAGUAG